GAGAGAGAGAGAGAGAGAGAGAUUAAAGGAAUUCUUACAGCUUCACAUCAAGCACAUGGGAGGCAGCUCUGCGCGUCGCGAGGAAUCCGAACAUGCGAGCUGAACACUGAAAGAAACAGGGACGAUGCUAACCGUACCAUUUGAAGACCCAGACAUGAUGCGCAAGUCUCACAUUGGUGCCACAUUCACCCGUCUAGAGACACCCAACAGCGCCGAGCUCAAGGAGACAGAGGACGACAACACGGACAGGGAAGAAGAGGAGAGAGAGGAGGACGAGAACUGUGUCACGAAGAAGAAAGGUCCGCGUAAAAAGAAAUUCUCCGACGGACACGGCGACCGUGUCAAGCUGCGCAGGAAUGAAGCGAACGCGCGCGAGCGCAGCCGCAUGCACGGCCUCAACGACGCGCUCGAGAGCCUGCGCAAAGUCGUGCCGUGCUACUCCAAGACGCAAAAACUCUCCAAGAUCGAGACGCUGAGGCUGGCCAAGAAUUACAUAUGGGCUCUAUCUGAGACUCUGAGCGCGGGAAAGAAACCCGACCUGCUGGCGUUCGUGCAGACCCUGUGUAAGGGCUUGUCUCAGCCUACCACUAACUUGGUUGCCGGUUGCCUGCAGCUGAACGCCAGAAAUUUCCUCACGGAUCAAAACGGGGACGUGUCGUUCUCUGGCAGGCCUCAGUACGAUUCUCUGUACUCGUAUCCUAACGCGGAGAUGGCCACGCCCACCGGCCUCAGCUCUGGGCCCCGAGACGGCGUCAAGCCGUUCCGACCGUACAACUAUUACGCGUCCUAUGAGUCCUACUACGACAGCGCCUCUCCAGAGAGCAGCAGCCCUCAUUUUGACGGCCAAAUGAGUCCCCCGAUUAAUUACAACGGGAUUUUCUCGCUUAAAAAGCACGAGGACCAAGUCGAGUACAGUAAGAACUGCCAUUAUGGGAUGAGAUACUGUAACGUUCCCGGUCGGGGCUCCAUGUACCGCGUUUCCCCAGACAGCCAUUUUCCUUACGACUUACAUCCCCGCAGCCAAUCGUUCCAGAGCCAGGACGAAUUAAAUACGGGUUACCAUAAUUAAAAGCGAGCAUAGGGGUUGGAUGCCAGUUACACUAAUCUGUUAAUUAAUUAGUGCUUGUUGCUGAUUGUUUUCGUUUGAUUUCGAUACACGAUAUUGAAGAAAAAAAAAAAAAAAAAAUCAGUUAUAGUCAAAUAUAUUAUUUCAGACUGCAUAGACUCUUAAAAAUAAAGGGGCUUUAAAGGUUCUUCACAGCGAUGCCAUAGAAGAAGCAUUUUUUUUGGUUCCACAAAGAACCAUUCAGUCAAAGGUUAUUUAAAGAACCAUCUCUUUCUUACCUUUUUAUAAUCUGAAGAACCUUCUUUCGUCACAAAGAACCUUUUGUGAAACAGAAAGGUUCUUCAGAGGUUCCUCAUGGAACCAUUUAGACAAAAAAGGUUCUUCUGUGACAUCGUGUGAAGCACCUUUAUUUUUAGAGUGUGUGUUGCUCAUGCAUUGACGCGGGCUGUGGUGGGCCUAUACAAUCAAUUGAUAAAAAGAAGAUGGAACUUAAAUUCUAAGGCUUUUCAAACAACAAUACUUGUCUCAUAUCCUGUGCAAAUGGAUUUAUUUGUGUGUUACAUGAAACACAAAAUCACGAUAGCAAUAAUGGAUCUAUGCAACGCAGUAUGACAAAUAUAUUACCGUGCAGACAUGUAAAUAGCCUUAUUGUGUGAAUUCUACUAUUCGUUAGACUUCUGUGUCUUUGGACUCUAGAUCUACUCACCAUUCUGACUGAUUCCGCGUAAUGUCAACAAUUAAUAAGGAAACUAUUGUGAUUUUGCUAUGUAAAAUGUUUUUUCCCCCUAUUUAUUUGGUUUAUUCUCUGAGGAGCGUCGGGUCUUGUGAAUGAUGUGAACUUGAGGAGCUCACUUCGAUCAACUUGUCAAAAUAAAUCUUGAAUGUGA